AUGCUGGCUUUGGAGAAGGCAGGGUCGUUAUUCACUGGUUGGAUACGAUCAUGCCUGACAUGCCCACUGGGUGAGGAUGGCUGUCAACCUGGACAAGAGGGGAACGGCCUUGAGCGGGAUAUGAAAGUAUGCGCCACUCAACCGCACCUUGUGCCACCCAUGAAGCUAGUGGUAUACGAUGACCUCCCCAGUCCAAGUAUCCAUCGACAUCGAAACUCAUUAUCAUCAUGGCUCAACGACAGCCGGAACUUGGCCUCGCGAGCCUCCAACCGGGCAAGCAUGUCUCUGAAACGAUCUUCAACCACCCCGUUGAAGAUCGGCGCACCUUCAGACUUUCGCAGAGUGCAAUCCUUCCACGAUCACCCGCCUCAGUCAUUCCAUUCUCCUCCACCACCAACCUAUCAACCAUUGGACCUCCGCAUUCAUCGAUCAGGCAAUCGACUGUCUGACCUACCUUCAUUCGAAACAUUCCAACUAAACGAGAACACCCAGCGCAAGACGCUACCGGUGCCCCCUCGUGCCCUCACGACCUCAACCGGCGUUCGAGAUCGAUAUUGCCAAAAGGCAACGGUAAUCUCUCGUAAGCCAGUGGGAUCCCAGAAACGCCGAUCACUUGGAAAUCGGGAGCUGCUGCUUGUUGAAGAGCCCGUUCGCACCACUAGUGCUCUAGUUCCGCAUUUCUCCAAGCUCAUUCCCAUCGAGAUGCCUCUUCCAGAAGCUCAGCCAGCAUCUCCAGUCCAUAGCAGGUCAAUAUCUGAAGGGAAACAGCUUACGUUGAAUACCCCAUGGCCGAAUGAGACAGAAGCUAGCCAAUCUUGGGGAAGAGUGCCUCGGACUCCACCUGCAUGCAAGAGCCUGCCGGAAUCACUGGAUACGUCCCCAUCCAAGUACUCAGUAAUGUCCACGGACAGCCCUUCGUCAGCCAGCUCGCGCACGAUGCCGUCACUAAUCUCAUCAUUACGUCGUCCCUCCAUUCCACUUCCCGAAAAUCGAGACACAAUCGAUUCGGCCCCUUCCUCUCUUUCAAACCGCGUAACUCAAUGGAUGUUCCCUACCCCAACCAAGCUUUCUCCAACCCCAAAGCAAGCCUUCCUACCCGGCGGCAACGGUUUUAAUUGGGAGCGAACCCGUACGCUGAGCGGCAUCACAGUGUAUUCCUAA